AUGAGAAACCACAGUGUUGUUUCUGAGUUCAUCCUCCUUGGGCUGUCUGCUGACUCCCAGAUCCAGGCUCUGCUCUUUGUGCUGUUCCUUGUUGUUUACCUCCUGACUCUGAUGGGGAACCUGCUGCUGCUGCUGGUGAUCAAGGCUGAUUCUCACCUCCACGCCCCCAUGUACUUCUUCCUGGGACAGUUGUCCUUCCUGGAUCUCUGCCACUCCUCUGUCAGUGUGCCCAAGCUGUUGGAGAACCUUCUGUCUGAGAAGAAAACCAUCUCAGUAAAGGGCUGCCUGGCUCAGGUCUUCUUUGUGUUUGCCACUGGAGGCACUGAAUCCUGCCUGCUUACUGUCAUGGCCUAUGACCGCUAUGUUGCCAUCAGCUCCCCUCUGCUGUACAGCCAGAUGAUGAACAGACAGCUGUGUAUAGGGCUGGUGUGGGGCUCAUGGAGCUUGGCUUUUCUGGAUGCUCUUAUCAAUAUCCUUGUAGCUCUCAAUUUAGACUUCUGUGAGGCUCAAAAUAUACACCACUUCAGCUGUGAGCUGCCGUCUCUCUACCCUUUAUCUUGCUCUGACGUGUCUGCAAGUUUUACUGCCCUGCUCUGCUCCAGCCUCCUGCAUUUCUUUGGAAACUUCCUCUUGAUAUUUUUCUCCUAUGUUCGCAUUUUAUCCACCAUCCUGAGCAUUAGCUCUGCUACAGGCAGAAGCAAGGCCUUCUCCACCUGCUCCUCCCACCUCACUGCAGUGAUCUUCUUUUAUGGCUCAGGGUUACUACGCUAUCUCAUGCCAAACUCAGGAUCCACUCAAGAGUUAAUCUUCUCCUUGCAGUAUAGCGUGGUCACUCCUAUGCUGAAUCCUCUCAUCUACAGCCUGAAGAACAGAGAGGUGAAGGCAGCUGUGAGAAGAAUCUUAAGAAAAUGUGUCUAG